AUCAUCUAUAUACCCAGCAUUCAAAUCAGACAUUGUAUUUCGAUUAAAAAAACAAAAAAAAUGCCAGUUUUGAAACUUAAUGCUUAUUUCACCAAAUUCUUCCCAUCCUCGAUGGUGCGUUCCAAGGAGUUGGUGCGAAGAAGGUAUUCGAUGAAGGUCGCGCAGGUGCGAAGAUCUUACAACAUAAAGUUCAAUGAAGAUCCAGAAUUCGAAUGCGAUGCCACAGUCACGAAUAUGCCCCAAUCCUUGAAGACUAUGAUUAAGAGGAAACUGCUCUCAAAGCGUGUGAUCGGUAGCUUUCGACUAAGAUUCCAUAGCAAUUCGUUUAAGAAAAGGCUCGAGAUCACAGCCACAAUAACCAACCCAACAGUUCCGUCGGACACAGAUCUCGCUCCGGAGGAUGAGCAGCUGUACGAGCUGUACAUAUGCAGUAGCCAGGGUCAAUUGCUGGGCAAGAUUCCCUUCCUGGAGAGCGACUACCGGCGUGCAGCUCGCGAGGCCAUCGAUUUCCUGGCCUUCUAGGCAUUAUCAAAUUUUCAAUUUUCGACAUGCAGAGGAGGAAUAUAUUUUAUUCUGGCAACGACGACAUGACAGCCCUUAUUUGCGAUAGGCCACUAUGCUGAACGGACUUUGAUUAUCGAUUACCUGUUACGACUCCAUUUUCAUAUCUGCAUAUCCGCUUUGUGGGGAAUGGCCUGUAAAAAGCUGUAAAAUUAUAUUUGGACCUCAAUAAAUUUACAGUUAACUUACUG